AUGGCUUUGCGAAGGAUUGCAACCCAGAUGCGGACACCGCUGUGGCGCGCAGGGAUUUUCCGGCCGUAUAGUGUUCAGAUCGCGCGAAUUUCUCAGCCUCGUACGUUCUUUGGAGGAGCGUUAGCCGCGGGAAGGUCGAAGGUGCUGUCGGAUUCGACAAUGGCUACCCGAACAGUACUCCCUACUGAAUCCCAGCGUGCACUGUCGACGGCGGCUAUUCGUUGCCUGAAUGUGGACAACAUCAACUCCAACGUCAAGGCCGCCAAGUAUGCCGUUCGUGGUGAACUCGCCGUCAAAGCGGAGGAAUACCGCGUGAAAUUGGCCCAGGGAGACAAGUCAUUACCAUUUGACAGUGUCAUCUUCGCCAACAUUGGCAACCCCCAGCAGCUCGAUCAAAAGCCAAUCACCUUCUUCCGUCAAGUCCUCAGUCUCCUCGAAAACCCUCUGCUGUUGAACAACAAGGACACCCUCCGCACGACUUUUGGCUACCAGGAUGAUGUUAUAGAGCGGGCGGAGAAGCUUCUUGCUGAAGUCCAGAGCGUGGGUGCCUACAGUCACAGUCAAGGUGUCCCUCUUAUCCGUGAGAGUGUGGCCAAGUUCAUUGAGGGGCGUGAUGGAUUCUCUGCCGACCCGCAGUCCAUCUUCCUUACCGGUGGUGCUUCGUCUGGUGUCAACACCCUGCUCAAUGUCAUCUGCAAUGGCCCCAGUGCCGGCGUCCUUGUCCCGAUUCCUCAAUACCCUCUGUACACGGCUACCUUGUCUCUUUUGAAUGCGCAAUGCGUUCCUUACCACCUGGAGGAACAAAAGGCUUGGGGAACCGACAUCAACACCAUCAAGAAGUCUUUGGAACAGGCCAAGGCUGCCGGUACCGACGUCCGCGCGGUCGUGGUCAUCAACCCUGGAAACCCUACUGGCGCUUCUCUGAGCCCCGAGGACAUCAAGAGUGUUCUUGACAUCGCUGCGGAGGAGAAGUUGGUGGUCAUUGCGGACGAGGUAUACCAAACAAACGUCUUCGUCGGGGAGUUCACAUCUUUCAAGAAGAGGCUGCGCGAGCUGCAGCGAGAGGCGCCCACAAAGUACGACAACGUAGAGCUGGUCUCUCUCCACAGUGUUUCCAAGGGUAUGGUUGGUGAAUGCGGUCACCGUGGAGGAUACUUUGAGCUGGUUGGAUUCGACCCCUUGGUUGCGGCCCAGGUCUACAAGUUCAUUAGCAUCAUGCUCUGUCCUCCGGUCACUGGACAAUGUCUUGUCGAGCUGAUGGUCAACCCGCCCAAGGAGGGCGAGCCAAGCCACGAACUGUACCAGAAAGAGUACAGCGGCAUUCGAGAGGGGCUGCACAAGCGCGCCCUUGCCCUGUAUGAGGCCUUCCAGCGUAUGGAAGGCGUUGAGUGCCAGGAGCCCCAGGGCGCGAUGUACCUCUUCCCCACCAUUACGCUGCCUCCCAAGGCGAUUGAAGCUGCUGCCGCUGAAAACCGCGCCGCGGACGAGUUCUACUGCCUUCGUCUUCUCGAUGCCACUGGUGUCUGCGUCGUCCCUGGCUCUGGCUUCGGCCAAAAGGAAAACACUCUUCAUUUCCGUACCACAUUCCUGGCGCCUGGCACCGACUGGGUGGAACGCAUCGUCAAGUUCCAUUCUGAGUUCAUGGCGAAAUACAAAUAG